AUGAAGCGCGAUGUGACACAGCAUGAUGGACUCCGUGUGACUUUGAAGCAUCUGAACAAGAUGGACCCACUCUUGGUAGACGGCCCGGCCAGGAAAGCUACGCCGGGCAUCUUGACCGACAUGCCUCAGGAAAUGAAAUACUCGGGCCCCGGUGGACUCGGGUUUACCUCGACAGAAGACGUGGUAGCCCUUGCGAUCGCGAAGCGGACGACUGAUGUGUACCCGCAAAACAAGGAGGGGUUUAGGCAAGCAAGUGCCAAUUGCCAGGGUUUCUACAAUGAGACCGAGGUAGGCCCUCAGUUUCUUGCGGAAUGCGUAGAUGCCACAAGGCCGCAAGCCUUUUUGCUACAGCCGAGUUCGAUGACACUUGCGGAGCUCAACGCGAGAAAGCCAGCAGACUCGCCACACGCGCCGGAAAUGUCAACGCAACAGCGCCUGAAUCGAAUUCGUAUGAAGUUUCCCGAUGGCAGCCUAAAGCCACUUGAUGAAGCUGCUGUGUGUGAUGGGUGACGAAGCUGCUGUGUGUGCCCAUACUCGUGUCGUCACUACACACUGUAUUUUGAAGGGCCGGGCGACGGCCAUUGGCAUCUGCAGGUACACAACUGAAUUCAUAGCUUUUUCGCCUCCGUCGAAUUCACAGUCGUUCGUGAGGUAAGUAGGUUUAUUUUUGCUUACGGGAAUCCUGAUUCUGCAUCUUGCGUCGUUGCUGUGGAAUGAUUUUAUACCAAAACUAGAAAAAUUUAUAGAAAGAGUAGAAAAUAUAAAUAGUCUUCGCAGAGGUAAAAAAUUGGUGAAAAUGUAAGAUUUGCCCUCUGAGGAGAAUUUGCCCUCUGAGGAGGAGACCGCAACUGUCGUACGCUUCAUUUUAUUGCGAGUGACGUUUUUCGCGUUUUAAGUGGCAAGAACUUUUCUUCUGAAAUAGGAAGGUACUAUACGUACAGCCGCAGUGGUUGGUAUAAGAACGGCGCCAGAAAAUAGCAGCAUUCGAAACUUUUGUUGCACAAAAAGAGAACGACCGAAUUCUUGAAGAUAUUUGAACGAACUAAAGUGUAAGAUCAGACGGCAAUGAAAAAGUGUACGUGAAGAACAAGCUAAGUAGACGAGUGAAAAUUCGAAAGCCAUAGAAAGGAAACGCGGUGGCAAAAGCCGCAGAAGUGCAGUGUAAACGCCUCUUUUUUUGUGACAAGCAUGAUGUUCAUCGCUUUAUUUCUUGCUCUUCGCA